CGAGAAGUGGGUGACGAGUGGCUGUCGUCCGAUGAGAAGUUUCGUGGUCAGUGGAGUGGAAGCGACUUAUUAUUUGCGUUUAGUGGCUCAAAGUGGUAGAACGUUGGACGAAUUCGUUAAGUGAUAUUAAUUUAGUGUUAUCCGGGAUUUAGUUUUAAUAAUUUUAAGUUAGAAUUUCUCAAUUCGGUAAAACAUGAAGGCUGCAGUGAUUGUACUAAGUUUAUUGGCUGUUGCUAAUGCAGUCUCAAUUUUCGAAGUAAUCAAGGAAGAGUGGAAUGCAUUCAAGGCUCAACAUAAAAAAGCUUAUAGCGAUGACACCGAAGAGAAAUUCCGUAUGAAAAUCUUCGUGGAAAACAAGCACAAAAUUGCCAAACACAAUCAACGAUAUGAACGCGGAGAAGUUUCAUACAAACUUGGCCUUAACAAAUAUGCUGAUAUGUUGCACCAAGAAUUCGUUCGAACGUUGAACGGUUUCAACAGUUCCGCAGUAUCCGCCAAAUUGACCGGAGGUCGACGAGAACCUGGAGUGACGUUCAUCAGCCCGGCUCAUGUUGAAUUGCCAACUACUGUCGACUGGAGAUCAAAGGGUGCUGUGACCCCAAUAAAGGAUCAAGGCCACUGUGGAUCAUGCUGGGCCUUCUCCACCACCGGAGCACUUGAAGGACAACACUUCCGUCGCACUGGCGUCCUUGUCUCACUCUCCGAACAAAAUCUCGUCGACUGCUCAAGCUCAUACGGCAAUAACGGAUGCAAUGGCGGUCUUAUGGACAAUGCCUUCAAAUAUAUCAAAGACAAUGGCGGAAUUGAUACCGAAAAGUUCUACCCAUACGAAGGAAUCGAUGAUAGUUGCCACUUCGAUAAGACCCAAGUAGGCGCAACCGACAGAGGCUUUGUAGAUAUUCCAGAGGGAGAUGAACAAAAAAUGAAAGAGGCUCUUGCAACUAUUGGCCCGGUGUCAGUUGCUAUCGAUGCCUCCCACGAAUCAUUCCAAUUCUACACUGAAGGUGUCUACUACGAACCAAGCUGCGAUUCACAACAGCUUGACCAUGGUGUUUUGGCUGUCGGCUAUGGUACUGAUCAGAAUGGAGCCGACUACUGGCUAGUGAAGAAUUCAUGGGGAACUACUUGGGGAGAUCAGGGAUACAUUAAGAUGGCGAGGAACAAGGAUAAUCAUUGCGGUAUUGCCACCAGUGCCAGUUAUCCAUUAGUUUAGGGAUGUACAUAAACCAUUUCUCUUAUUUAGUGAUUGAUUGUUUUUAAGCGGCAUUCCUUUGACAGUCUUUUGAUUUUAAUCUUAUGUAAAAUGUAAUUUCGUUUGUGUCCUUUUAUUUUAAUUACGAAGAGCAAAGUUAAUUUCUAUUCUAUUUGUUGA